AUGACAGUAGUGUUUAUCUGGUGCUUUGAAGUGACACAAGCCCGUAAAAAGCGAGAAAAGAAUAUGUUUAAAUUUUCUGAUUGUGGUACAAAUCCCAAUCGACCGAUAUACUUCACUCAAGUCAGUGCCAGUCCCAUGCCAAUUAUUAUUCCAGGAACAUUGUACGUGUCUUUGAGUGGAAACAUUACCUACGAUCUUCCUAGAAGAUUAUCUCUGGAAAUUAGCAUCACAAAAUAUUUCUUUGGCGUUCCCUUUAUGAUUCCCUGUAUUAACAGUUACAUUGGAUCUUGUACAUAUGACAACAUCUGUGCAAGAUUUGAACAAUAUGAAUCUUCGGGUUGCCCACGAUCAUUGUGGGGUUAUGGUAUACAGUGUCACUGUCCUGUAGCAGCUACAGAUUUCUCCAUUAAAAAGAUACCAGUAAAUGUGCCUAAAAUACAUGGAUUCGCGGCACCUUUAAUUAAUGGCAAUUAUGCGUUGACAGUAAGUAUUUUAGGAGAAAACAGGGUUGAACUUGGCUGUUUAGAAGUAAAAUUUUCAAUGAAGAAAAGGCAUCGAGGUUGGAUUUUUAAGAUAUGAAAAAAUAACUUCAUAUGGUGCACUUUAUUAAACCUGAAGACACGUCUAGUGAAUCUAAUGAUAAAAUGGCUGACAAGAUGGCACCGUUGCCGGUACAAAGUACCUUUAAAAACAUAAAUAUCAAUACAGACAAUAUUCGCUUUGAAAUUUUGUAAUUUCAAUCACAUACAUUGUCUCGUAAACAAAAACAAAGUUUAAAUAAAAUUGUUCCUAGGUCUGGCAUAAUAUUUAUGUAUGUGCUGCGCGCUCCCUGAUACGAAGGGCAACAUAAUUAAAAAAGACAAAUUUGCAUCUUAUCGAUGGAGCAAUAUUAAGUAUUUUUUUUUCUCUUCACUAUAUGCAAUAAAACAAUACGGUCUCUUGCACAGUGUGGAAGUCAGUGUCGUGCGGGAGACAAAACAAAGUCAAUAGAAAGUGAUCAACGAACUUGUGUUGUGUCUUUAUAAACUUCAACAGGCAUAAUAUUUCAGCUAUAAACAGCACUGUCAUCGUUAUUGUGACAAGUUGUGUUUCUUUAAAAUUCACAACGAAUCGAAUAACAUUGUCAAUAAACGUAACCAAACCGACUCUUCACUGUUCUGAAAUAUACACAAAAAAAGUUGAGAAAAAACGCGAUACACUUCAGUAUUUUGAUAUGAAAAAUGUAUUCAGUGUGGGGGACCUUGUGCUUCCCUGCUAUAUAGAUAUAACAAUGUUUAUUGUGUAUUUUAAUGUUGAAUAUUUGAAUGCAUAAACUUGGUUCGUGAGUUGUCACCUUCACACUUGGGUAACGUGUCGGCAGUAACAAUAUAUACCUUUGUUUAUUAUGAUAAAUAGUAUAUGAAUGAAACACUAUGACACUAUAUCAUUUAUAUUAUGUAUAUUAUGUAUAAAGGAACGAAGGGCAUUCUCGGUCUUUCACAACCUGUACGCUAAUUGUGUUUAAGAAGCUGCGUUGGCCAAGUUCGCUAACUUUUGUGCGUUCUUUUCUCCCGUAAUUAGAUUAAUUAGACACCUGUUAGCCGUUACCACUUAUUAUGAUACCUAACGUCAAAUAUACACAUUUACCUACUAAAGUGAUACUGUUUAUUUUGGUAUUGUAUAUGUCCAUAUUGACAGUAUUGGAUGUUUGAUAAAUGAUCACAAAAUUUUCUGACACAUUUUUGUCUUAUUUGAUCAGGUUUACGGGGGAUGUGUCAACCCUGUCUUUUACUUAAUUUUACCUCAAAUUUAUAAUUAUAAGUCAACCUUACUCCACUUUCCAUUUAUAAACCGUAUAAAAAAAAGGAAAGGGGUUUUGGGGGAUCCUGGACACGUCCUUUUAAUUAAUUAUUUAAAACUACAAUAUUUAUUAAAUUACAAGAAACAUAAAAUAAAAUUUAUAUAUUACUUUCGGGUUGCAUGGUUCACACCAUAUCAUAAUUAUAACCACUUCCUAAAGAGUAGAUUUCUAAUAGCCCGACACGUCUGUAUUUUUAUUCUCCGACAAUUUUGGUGGCUUACAAGAACAUAGCUAAAACGUUCGGUAGAUUUGGAUGUAUGAAAUAGCAUGUGUUUGAAAUUUUAUUUAACCCUAAAAUCUAAGCAUAAAUUGUGUUGGGUAUAAGAAUGAAUAAUUGUUGGAAAAUAAGAUUUAGUUGUUUUCUUUCAAUCCAUGUCAGAGUGAGUCACUGCGAUAGCUUAAGCUAAGUUGAAUUGGGGAACAAUUGCUGUUGGGAAUGGAGAGAAGAGUAGUGCCAACUUAGCAAUAAUGUUUCUAUACUGGUUGUUCAAUUUUUGUACAGUCGCAUAGCUGAAAGGACAGCUACGUCCUUGGCGUUCAUUUCAGGGCAAGUGCGUGGUCACCUGUCGAGUCACCUACCACUUUUUUUUUAAAAAAAAAAAAUGAUUAAUUACAUAAACAAACAGCAAAGUAAUAAUGGUGACGUCGACGAUCUAAUUGUUUGUCGUACUAAUGGAACGUUCGUUUUGGGCUUUUCGGCUAUCACUCAUAAGAAUGCAGGGAGGUUAUUGAAAUGGCCGAAAGGGUAGUUUGUCUUAUCAGUUUAAUACUAUGGGCAUAGAGCGAUAUUAGAACAAAAUAUUUCGACUCCAUUUGUUUCCACUAUCAUGUGGGGUAACUUGUAUGUUCAUUCAACGGGACAAAACCUGCAAUACGAGUAACCAGGCAGGUGGCAGAGAAUUCUCGUGCACUAAAAAUCUGUAUCGUAAUGUGCUUUGCGCUAAAAUUGGAACUGCCAAUGACAAUUAAUUUUUGGUGUACGUAUUCUAAAAUGCAAGACCAUCUAAAAUGAAAACCAUGCACAACGUGAUCCGAGUUAAAUUUCAUUUUCGGAUAUCGAGU